CAAUUAUGACAAUAUAGGUAGUUUGUUCCAGCAUCACCAGCAAUGUAAAAAUAAAUCGUUAUAUAGGUCAAAAUUAUAACCAUAAACAUUCAGACCAAGAACCACCAGCAGCGAGCCUCGAACCCUGCAUCCGUAAGGCCUCACAGUUUGUCAAAUAAAAAGAUUUUUCUAAAAAUGCCUAUAUCAAAAUCAGGAAAAUGUGAACUAUAUUCAAAUCGACUUGUUAAAUGAAAAUGUGCGAGAAGCUCUAUAAAGGUGUGAAGGGAUCGAUAAAUCGUAGUUUGUGGUUUGAAUUUGACAGUAAACUCAAAUCACUUCCAUACAUAAAGGUGCAAAAGUCGAUGAAAUAAUCCUGUUAGCAUUUCGGGCUUUUUUAUCUUCUUAAGAAACGAUUUAGAUCGAAUUUUAAAUCGGAGUGAGUUCUAUUUUUAAAUUCUAGAAUGCCCGCGUGGCAGCGUCGAGCGACGGUAAAAGCAUAAAGCAAUAAAAAUUGAUGACCGAUCGAAAAAUUUGACUUUUUGACCUCGACUUUUCGCACAAUCAUCCAAGCUGAAACGGAGUUCUCAGUCAGUGCUUGUACAACGGCAGAAUGGUCACUUCUACAAGCUUAGUAUUUGUUAUUGGUUGCUUUACGCUUGUCUUGGCAGCGAAAGACUUAUCAGAUAUACGAGCAUAUGGCGGUACAGCGUACGGAAUGGCUUGCCACUUUCCAUUUCUGUACAACGGGUCUCUGCAACACACUUGUGUUUCUGACAACUUAUUUAACGGCCGUAGUUGGUGCAGCGCAUUGUUUCAAUACACAGGAGAAUCACCGCAUAAUCUGUACGGCUUUUGCGACAUCGAAUACACCUUGUCAGAUUUCAAAACUGUUGAAGGAAAUGAUUCUCCUAAUCGAUGCGUGUUUCCAUUUAUAUUCAAUAACCGAUAUCACUUUGAUUGUGUACCGGAUAGCAACGGGCGUCGAUGGUGUGCUACGUCAUCAAACUAUGACGUAGACGGGCGGUGGGGAUUUUGCGGAAAGAAGGCGGAAGAUGUGUUUGUGUCAAAUGCAGGACUUGUAAGGAGAUAUUACAAGAGAUCUGUAACUUGGCAAGAGGCGAGUGAUUUCUGUAAGUUUCGUUCGUCGAGGCUGUGUUCCUAUGACGAGGUGUGUGUUGGUGGAUAUCCGCUAGGUGGCACUGUGGAGGGCGAGCACUGGGUGGCUAUAGAGCAUACAAGUCAGACAUGGGUUAACAUUGGGGACAUUCAUGGUUGGGCGUGCUUGAACGUUACUAUCCCGUCUGGUUCCGAUUUCAGCAGCAGAACCAAAGGAUACGUCAUGUGCUGUGACUUUGGCAUAACAGGUUUUUCGAACUACGCAAAACUGGACCGAGCUUGCCUUGAUCAUAAGAAUGUUGAUCAAAUAUACAAACAAAUGACUUUACAGGAGUGUCAUGGUGUAUGCGAAAACCAAACAAGUUGCAAAUCUUUCACAUACAAAGUGCUGGAUGAAAUAUGCAUACUGUCGCAAUAUAACUCAAUCACAGCCGCAAGCAACUUUAACUUGUGCGGCAAUGAGACCGAUCGUUACUCGUUUUACUUCGAAAAGAUUCUGCAUCGGAAUGAUAGUAGUUUGUGUGAAUUCCCAUUCACUUGGGAAAAUAGAUUACACCAUGUUUGUAUAGAGAUAGAGGGGCAAGAUUACUGCGUGAAACGGGAUGGAGGAAGUGCUGAGCUUAUGAAAUGCGAAGAUUGUUUCGAUAUCAAGAAACCUUCAUCAUACCGAGGAAGACUAAACAAAAGUCGAAGUGGUUUGAAUUGCAUUAACUGGAAACUGUCUAUCUUUAAUUGGGAAGAAGGCGAGUAUGGACUUGGCGAUCAUAACUACUGCAGGAAUCCAGACCAGGAUAAGUUGGGUGUUUGGUGUUACGUGGAGGGAACGGAGACGAAUUUUGAAUAUUGUGACUUGCCAUCCUGUGAUACAGAACCACAGCAGUUACCUCUUCAUGAAUUGGAAUGUGGAAAGAUGGAUUUGAUCCCUGGAUUCCUCCCGAAGAUCUACGGAGGUCGAUUUUCAUCCCAACAUUUCAAUUCACCGUGGCAGGUGUCUCUUUAUCAUGUCCGGAGUGAAAAACACGAUUGCGGUGGAGCUCUCAUUUCACGCUGUUAUGUCGCAACUGCUGCUCACUGUUUUAAAAGGUCCAAGUUUUUGUCGUAUGUCGUUCGGGGUGGUUUUGAACUAGGGUUUCGCGAUAGACCUGAACAGGUUCGGGAAAUUGAGAAUGUUUUCAUUCACCCAUUCUACACAUUUGGGUUGCAGGAAGAUGAUAUAGCGGUGAUCAAACUAAAAUCUUGUUUCACGAUUACAGAAAAGUUGCAAACAAUCUGCUUACCGAAGUCUGCGAGUCAAUUCACGAACGGUUUUCAAUGCGUCGCCUCCGGGUUUGGCGAAACGGAGGACGGGGAGGCUUCACAAAGACUGAAGUUCGUGUGGUUGCCAUUGAUAGACAACGAGGCGUGCUCGCAUGAAUCGGUGUAUGGAAGUCGCAUCACAAAUGGCAUGCAAUGUGCUGGUAGUAUGGCCGGUGUAGCAGAUACAUGUCGGGGCGAUUCAGGAGGUCCGUUGUCAUGUCGCGACCCGGUCACAGGGAAUUGGCAUUUAUGGGGUAUAGUGAGUUGGGGAGAGUCGUGUGGCGACAGUAACAAACCUGGUGUUUACACCAGAGUAGAAAGAUAUCUGCCCUGGAUCAACUGUGUUAUAUCAAGCAACAGAAACUGCCAAAACUAGAGAUUUAAAUCCGAAACGUUUUGAAAUUAUUUCUUCGCAUAAAAAACCUCCCAACAAAGAAAU